UUUGUAUAAAACUUUGAGCGUACACACUGUCUCUUAAAAGAUGGCUUUUAUGCCCAUUUCAUGAUUCUCAGCCCUUCUUCCACCGUUGCUUUAUUCAUCUUCCCUCUCAGCAGAUUCCCCCUCCAUUUUUUCCCCUUCUACUUUUCUCUUCAUUGCUUUCCCAAGCCAAGAAUCUCUCAUCUCAUCACUUCCUUUCUCUCUUACAGAUUCUCUUCUUUCCUUCCCUCUCUCUCUCUCUCUCUGUGUACUACUUUUAACGAUGCCCAUUUCAUUGUUCUUCAAUCCCUUUUCUUCUAUACCGUUUUUUCCCCUUCUCUCUCUCUGCGUCCUUUUCGAUUUCAUUACCCUUUUUCGUUUUGAUCAUAUUCCGCCGAUUGAUUCAUAUACCCUUUUAUCAACAUUUCCAUGGCUCCUCCUGGUUUCAAUCAUCUUUCUCAGCCUUGCAUUUCUGGGGAUUUUUCUUCCUCUUCUUACGCAGAGAAAAAAUCUGGGUGGAUGAAAUGGUUGAGCAGAAUUUUCCGGUCAGGAGGAAACAGAGGAGGUGGCGGCGGUGGAGGUGGCCGUCAUCCGCAACAACUUCUUGGUGAUCAGGAGAACAUGGUCUGGCGAGCUCCGGCUAGAUCAUCGGACGAUCCUUCUAGAGCUCAGAAGGAGAAAGAAGAACUAGAUCAUGCAAUUGCACUCUCUUUAGCUGAAGAUUUAAAAAAGCGAAAUCGGUCUCGUUGGCGAACAGAAAAUGAUGAAGCUAUUGCUAGAGAACUGCAGGACAAGAUGAAUUUAUCUCCAUAUCCUUCUUUUGCCCCUCCUCAGUACCAUCCUAGUGACUACAGUCGCAGAUAUUGUGGUGGCUGCAAUCGUGCAAUCGGCUAUGGCAAUUAUUUAGGAUGUAUGGGCACCUUCUUCCAUCCUGGGUGCUUUUGUUGUCGUUCUUGUGGCUAUCCUAUCACCGAGCAUGAGUUUUCAUUGUCUGGGAAAGAUCCAUAUCACAAAUCUUGUUUUAAAGAGCUGACUCAUCCAAAGUGUGAAGUCUGCCACCAAUUUAUCCCUACAAAUCGAGCUGGUUUGAUCGAGUACAGAUGUCAUCCAUUUUGGUCUCAAAAGUAUUGUCCAUCACAUGAACAUGACAGCACAGCUCGUUGUUGUAGCUGCGAGCGUUUGGAGUCUUGGAAUGCAAGAUAUAUUUCUUUGGGAGAUGGACGGAGCCUAUGCCUAGAAUGCAUGGAGUCUGCUAUCAUGGACACUGGAGACUGCCAACCACUCUACCACUCCAUCCGAGACUAUUAUGAAGGAAUGAACAUGAGAAUAGAUCAACAAAUUCCCAUGCUUCUAGUUGAAAGACAGGCACUAAAUGAAGCUAUUGUUGGGGAGAAGCAUGGUUUCCAUCACAUGCCUGAGACUAGAGGUUUAUGCCUUUCUGAAGAGCAGACUGUCACCAGUAUCCUCGGAAGGCCAAGAAUGGGAGGGCAACGGCGACUCAUAGGAAUGAAAACUCAACUGCAGAAGCUGACCCGUAAAUGUGAAGUUACAGCCAUUCUUGUUCUUUAUGGACUCCCAAGAUUACUAACAGGUGCUAUUCUUGCCCACGAGUUGAUGCACGGUUGGCUACGGCUAAAAGGAUAUCGCAACCUCAACCCGGAGGUAGAAGAAGGUAUAUGUCAAGUACUUUCCUACAUGUGGCUUGAAUCGGAAGUAAUGCCAGGGUUUAAAUCAGGACCUUCGACAUCUACCGCAUCCUCAUCUUCUUCCUCUUCCUCGUCCCACUACUCUUUAUCAUCAAAGAAAGGUGGUAGAUCUUCCGCCGAAAACAAACUGGGUGAGUUUUUCAUGCACCAAAUAGCGAACGAUGCCUCGGCAGCUUAUGGGGAAGGUUUCAGAGCUGCUAAUGCAGCUGUGAACAAAUAUGGAUUGCGCCGAACGCUCGACCAUAUUUUCAUGACCGGAAGCUUUCCCGUAUAAUAAACGAUGUGCUGUUGUUAGUUUGAUGUGGGAGGAGAUUGUUUUUGUUACCAGAUAGAGCUCAAUAUAGAGAGUUUGGAAUUACUCUGUUUAUUCUCCCUUUGGUUUAGACAUGAUCUGGUUCAAAAGCAAAGUCUCUUUUCCAAUAAUAUGUAUUCUCUUCUUCUUCUUAACCUGUUUAAAAGUGUUCAACUCCUUAGCUUAUUUCCUUUUC